UGCACUGUUUUCUAGCUGGCACCAUCCAUCAAUCCAUCCAAAACGUCACCUUUUUAAACUCCAGUGCCGUCCGCGCUUUGCAGGUCUUACCCGCGCCCCCCUCCUACCUUCCCCAUUCUCCCGCUUGACAACAGCGGGGAGAAUUGGACCAUGUGCCAUGAAACGUGCCCACGGUGGGGCUGUGGGAAAGUUCGGGGGAGAGAGAACCCACACAUUGUCAUGGUAAUGUCGGUGGGUCGAGGUGUUGGGGGCGGGAGGCUGUGGUGCUUAAAACCCACACGGGGAGAGUACAUUUACCCCUGCUUCUAUUCUAUUUUCUUUCACUCAGUGUUUCUCCAUUCGUUACCUAGACAUUAAAACAGUACAAACGGAGUUCUGUGUGUGGGUAGCUUUCAACUGCCACAAAUAAAAUCUAGCGUCAUUUGGUGAAUUGCGUGCAGACUGCCCACGGGAGAUUAGGACGCCGAUAGUGUGGACUGUGAAGCUCUGCUAUCAGUUGGUCUGCUGGUUUGGUGUGCGCUCUGCACCGCGAGGAUGACAGCCUCCAACAUGGAACAUGGGGGAAAUGCUCCCGAGAAGAAUUUUAACGGCAAAGAUGAACGAAAGCUGCGGAAGCCUCUGAUAGAGAAGAGGAGGCGGGAGCGAAUCAACUGCAGUCUUGAGCAGCUGAAGGGGAUCAUGGUGGACGCCUAUAACCUAGAUCAAUCUAAACUGGAGAAGGCUGAUGUACUGGAGGUUACUGUCCAACAUAUGGAGGGUCUACAAAAGGGUCAUGGUCCCGGCAUCCCUGCUGGUCCCAGCGUCGGGUUCCAGUCCCGGCAGCGCUACAGCAGUGGAUAUAUCCAGUGUAUGCAGGAGGUCCAUAACCUGCUCCUGGGCUGUCCAGGCAUGGACAAGCCUCUAGGGGCCCAGCUCCUCAAUCACCUCCUUAAGUCUCUGCCCCAUAUCAGCUCAGAGACUGGGCCUGGAAACACUGGUGGCAAUGGGCCUGGUGGUGGUGGUAGUAGUAGUGCUAGUCCCAAUUCUGGACCUGGAUCUCCUCCCCAGUCUCCGCUUUCACUGCCUUCUGGAGGUCUAUUCCGACCUCGCCGUUUACAGAUGCAUCAUGCCUCGCCGCCGUUGACCCUGCCCACAAGAAGUUCCCCGCUCCAUGCCCCCCACAGGCGGGUGCAUUUUGGGAGAGAUGGGAGGGAGCAGCUGCCUGCCUCCUCCCCUUCUAGUUUACCCAACCUCCCCCAGCCAGGGGUGUCUCACCCCGCCCCCCUGCCCCCUUUCUUUGGCCCUGUGGGAGACCCCUCUAUGUGGAGGCCUUGGUGAAAAAAGAGGACACACACACACCUUUCAUCACUUUAGGACCCCUGAGUUUUUCCUGACCCUGUGAUCUGAGUGUAAAAAUGCCAAUAUGGCAGCAGACCACCUAGGUCCUGGAGUUUUUCCCAGUCACCUUAUGCUGUGGUCAGGAAAAACUCAGGGACUCUGUUUUUUAUCUAAUUCCAUCUCAUGGGAUCGCUCAACUCUGUUCCUGGAUUGAGUGCAGAAGUCAGGAAAUAAAGAUCUGGGUGGAUCUACAAGUUUUACUUCCUGUAAAAUGUAACCCAAUAUGUUGUGGAGUGAUUGAGAUGCAUCAGCCCUCUAAGAACAUGUCUUUAGUGCUCUGCUAUAUUGUGCAUUGCCAGCAGUUCUAUGGUCUCAUUUUUCGUUUAAAUGCUUCACAUUUUUAACAUUUUAGACAUACAAAUAUAUAUAUUUUUAAUGAGAUUGGCCAGAAGUAAGCAUUGUUUUUACAAUUUUAUUGUUUUCUUCCAAGUAUUUUGCUGGUGUUCAUUUUAUGUUUUCGAUGUGUAGAAAAUGGUCACAGAAUGUGGAAUUUGUUUUGUCACACACUGAUGAUAAAUUGAUUCAUUUACUAAUUAAACAGAUUUGAUUAAUUGAUUCAGAUCUAAUGUUUGUAAUUACAAUGAAUUGCUUACUUUGAAAAUGUUUUCAUCCUUGUAUAUUACAAGAAGAUGGUCUGUUUCAUAUUGAAACAGCUAAAAUAAAGUGUGUGCUGGA